AUGACGCUCAGUAACGAAAACUUUUCAACGAGUCAAGAAAAAUCGACGAGUAGAGAGGAUCCAAUCGAACUGAUUCUCUCAAGUAGCGCCGAGUUCCUCGCGCAGUUAAGUGAGGCUACUCCAUCUGACGGCAACCUUUCCUCGAUUCACUCAAGCUCCACUCAAAUGUCGAUUGUUAGUGAGGGUUUGGAGCAACUCUUCGCUAUUGACGAUAAUGGUAAGACGCACUACAAACAAGAGGUGGCCGUGCUGUUGAUCGAUACACAAGGUACGUUUGACUUGAACAGCGACCCAUCGGCAUCGGCUGUCAUUUUCACAAUCUCGUUGUUGAUGGCAUCGUGCAAGAUUUUCAACGCGACUCAUCGAAUGGACGCUCAAGAUCUCGAUUCGCUGAACAGCUUCAUCAAUUACAGUCGAAGCAGUGACGAUAAAGUUGGACAGCUUUUAUUGAUCUUGCUACGAGACACUCUAAAGUCUGGACUUUCGCCGGAUUACCUUGAGAUGAUACGGCAAACAACGAGGAGCUCGUCCGAGAAUCAAAAUUAUUGGACGGGAAUCGAGAAUGCGUUUGACGAGGUCGCCUGUUUUAUGGCGCCCACUCCAUCGAGAGAGGUCCAAAGUGCCGAUGGGAAAAUCUUCGCAAAAGAUUGUGGACCCGGUUUUCUGGACGCGCUCAGCGAGUGUGCCGCGUUCAUCCUCUCAAAUCUGAUGCCAAAAACGGUACUCGGAACAACGCUCACCGGAGACACUUUGAUGCCAUAUGUUGAUGGACGGACCAAGGAAAAGACCAGGGCAAAUCGGAGCCGAUACCGCGAUGUGCAAAUGGCUGAAGCGGUCACAAAAAGCUAUGCUCUUUAUGAAAAAUCUGUCAAACCAAAACUCCACGAGCGCUUGAAUAAAAGGAAGCGAGAAAACCUGCUAAAACAGCGACAUGAAGAGGCGAAAAGCAAGGCACUCGAAAAUUUUGACAACGUCAUGUUGGAUUUCGUUGAUGAGGAAGAGCUUGUGAGAAAGAAACGAGGACUGCUUUUGCAACAAAUUGAUAUCCGACAUACAGACAUGCUGAACGAGGAUCGCUACGAAGAGUUUGAGCGCAAGUGCGAGAACCUCUACCAAGACUUGCUCCGCUUCUUUCAAGAAAACUUGCAGAAACAUCUCCACCUCGUGACGGUCGAAGAGCAAAUCCCGCUCAUAAUAGAAAUAUGCCGACAAUGCUCGACUCGAGAAUAUGUAACGAUGAGAGAUGCGCUGAUCACGGAGGUGAUAAAAUAUUUGAACGACGUUUCUCCGAAGGCCCUUGCCAACAUCAUCAACAACAAUUACGAGGUUUUUAGUGUGCAGCUUGAGCGAUGUGCUAACGAGUUUGCCACUGAGGCGCGACACCGUUUGACGCAACAAGACUUGUGCGAUAAAGUGGUCAAAUUGGAGGGAAAACUUGAGGAGAAUCGAGCAAAUUAUGCCUCGCUUCAAGAGAAUUUCGACCAUAGCCUUGCCUUGCAUGGCGACCGAGCGAGCGGUCGAAAUGAUGCUAGAACGACAAAUGGAAACGUGGAUGAGGAUGGAGGAAAGAGAAAAAUAGCAACGGUUUUUGUGGAGUACAAUGAUCUGGCUCAACAACGAAACAAACUUGGCGUUGCU